AUGUCGCAUCCACACUACAGGGAGGCGGCGGAGUCGCUGCUCAGUAGUGUCAGCCCUCACCAUCGGACGCUAACCCACUCCACGUCUCUGAACCUGGUGUCCGAAGACCUGGUGGCGGGUCACAGGCCGCAGGGCAAGAUGUCUACAUGGCCUAACGCCGUCCAGCCGGUGUACGAGGUCUUCCUAAUCCUAACCUCGUUCACGCUAGCGUGGGGUGAGGCGUGGUUUCUGGACUUCAGGGUACUGCCUCAAGAGUUACAGGCUAAGCAGAUCUUGGAGUCGAUUGUCCACCACAACGCUUCAGAGAGGACACCGCUCCUGCAGCCCCAAGUUCCUUAUGCUGGCCAGUCCAAUUAUGCAGAGUCUACAGUCAAGUGGUUCUCUCCAGUCGAGACGCCAGAAUCCAGUCCAAGGCCGCGCAGACCUGGUGAACAGGUCAUAUUGACUCAGGAACAGAUCGACGAAUAUAAGGCGCAAGCGCACGAAAGCAUGCAGAACGCAUGGCGUAUAGUCAACCUAUCUAACUGGAGCGUUGAGAAGAAGGGCGCUAAAGGCGACCUCGUCGAGUCCAAAAAGACUGAACAAUUCGGAAAAGUUUACAGGUUUACUGGUAUCGUGGAAGCUCCUCCCAAGUUUUUGUACGAAGAGUUCAAGGACAAUAUCACAAAGCUACCUGAAUGGAAUCCUACCAUAUUGAAGAGUGAACUUAUAAAGGAAGUAGGUCCAGGCAUAGAUUUAUCCUACCAAGUGACUGCCGGAGGAGGUCGUGGUAUCAUUGCCCCUCGGGACUUCGUGAUUCUUCGGUGCACCGCUCCUCUGAACAAGGAGGGCCAGGUCGUGACGUCUGACCCCUACAGCUACAUCAGCAGUGGAGUCAGCGUCACUGUGCCCGGGUAUCCGCCGCAUAGGGAUCUCGUCAGAGGUCAGAAUAAGGUUGGCUGUUGGUUCCUGAAGCCUCGCACAGUUCAGACCGCUGGUGGCAAGAUAGAAACGCAUACAGUCUUCCAAUGGCUCAUGUGUUGCGAUCUAAAAGGUAAAAUACCUCAGUUCGUGUUAGACGCAGCAUUUGCCACAGUAAUGUUAGACUACAUAGUACACGUUAGGAAAUUCGCAGCUGAAUCCAAAGAACAGGGCAGGUUUUAACCACCUACUAUCAACCAGCAACCAGACGUUAUGUUGUAACCACUCAUUUUAUAAUCAGUGGUUUCUUCGCAACCAAUCGCUUUUGAAUAGGGCUUCCAGACACGGGUCUGAUACACAGUCCUGAAAAGCAGUGCUCAUUCUCAUCUCCCGCGACUGGAAGCCCUACUUUUGAUUCGAUAACCACCUGUCUUUUUUACUAUUUCUUCGCUACCGACUUCCAAAAAGGAGGGAGGUUCUCAAUUUGACCGUGUAUAUGUUCUUUUUUUACCUGCUCAACAAAGUCACUUGAGUGGAGC